GCUCCGGCCGGAAGCGUUCUCUCCCAGGCGGCAUUUCUUUCCUGUGCGAGGCCGGGCUAGGGCUCCUAGCGCCUCUGGUCCUGCCUCUGGCACUUGUCAAGGCUUAAUGACAUUAUUGGACCCCGAUAUCCUAUCUCCUAAUGUGAUAGUCACGUCCUACCUGCUAAACUUAUUUUGUGAAGGUUUACAGUCAAGAUGGUACAUGCUGAAGCCUUUUCUCGUCCAUUGAGUCGGAACGAAGUUGUUGGUUUAAUUUUCCGUUUAACAAUAUUUGGUGCAGUAACAUACUUUACUAUCAAAUGGAUGGUAGAUGCAAUCGACCCAACCAGAAAGCAGAAAGUAGAAGCACAGAAACAGGCAGAAAAACUGAUGAAGCAAAUUGGUGUGAAAAAUGUGAAGCUUUCCGAAUAUGAAAUGAGUAUUGCUGCUCAUCUAGUGGACCCUCUUAAUAUGCAUGUUACUUGGAGUGAUAUAGCAGGUUUAGAUGAUGUCAUUACAGAUCUGAAAGACACAGUCAUCUUACCUAUCAAAAAGAAGCAUUUGUUUGAGAAUUCCAGACUUCUGCAGCCUCCAAAAGGUGUUCUUCUGUAUGGACCUCCAGGCUGUGGGAAAACGUUAAUUGCCAAAGCUACAGCCAAAGAAGCAGGCUGUCGAUUUAUUAACCUUCAGCCUUCAACACUGACUGAUAAGUGGUACGGAGAAUCUCAGAAACUGGCUGCUGCUGUUUUCUCCCUUGCCAUAAAGCUACAGCCUUCCAUCAUAUUCAUAGAUGAAAUAGACUCCUUUCUACGAAACCGUUCAAGUUCUGACCAUGAAGCUACAGCAAUGAUGAAAGCUCAGUUUAUGAGCCUCUGGGAUGGACUGGAUACUGAUCACAGCUGCCAGGUCAUAGUGAUGGGAGCUACCAACCGCCCUCAAGACCUUGACUCGGCCAUAAUGAGAAGAAUGCCGACAAGAUUUCAUAUCAACCAGCCUGCUCUAAAACAAAGAGAAGCAAUCUUGAGACUCAUCCUGAAAAACGAAAAUGUGGAUAGGCAUGUAGAUCUUCUGGAAGUUGCUCAGGAAACUGAUGGAUUUUCAGGAAGUGACCUAAAAGAAAUGUGUCGAGAUGCUGCUCUCCUCUGUGUCAGGGAAUAUGUCAAUUCUGCAUCAGAAGAAAGUCAUGAUGAAGAUGAAAUCCGGCCUGUGCAACAGCAGGACCUGCAUCGGGCAAUUGAAAAGAUGAAGAAAUCAAAGGAUGCAGCGUUUCAGAAUGUUUUGACUCAUGUUUGUUUAGAUUAGAAGUAAAGAUCAUUUGUAUGGUUCAGUGAUCUCGUGUGGGAUGCGCUCUCAUCCUUACAGCAGUGAGGGAGAUCCUCUUGUGGUUUUAUACUCAGAUCCUAAGUUAUUAUGGUCUGUCAUGUAAAUGGUAUUACUGCUUGUCAGAAAUCAUGAAGAGGAAGUUCAGUCCAGCCUGAGUGUGGGUGCUUGUUUGACCUUUUUAGCCAUAUGCUGUUAUAGCCUUAUAGAGUCUAAGCUGGUCUUAAAGUAAUAAAUGAUUUGUUGAGUUAUUAGUGAGAAGUGGAAAGUGGUUAGGUGCUGGUUUCUAGACGUGUGAGUAUGAAUGUGAGUGUGUAUGUAUGAGUGGAUAUCAAAAUGUAUAUAUCUACAUUUUUCUUUGAUAUUCUGUAGAUAGGUUUGAAUACAGAAGCUUUUUUUAAACCCAACUACGGAGUCCAAAAGUGCACCAGAUAGUGUGUAGCAAAACUUGGAUUUAAGGCAGGAUCUGUAUCCUGACAGGUACAGUGAUUCAGUCAUGCCUAGUUGUCACUUGUUUUGGCCACUUUUAAGUUGGAUAUGUCCUCUGCAGUUGGUUGAAUCAACCACAUUUGAAUAUGUACAUGUGUCUCAAUUAUAAUGGUUGUCAGGAGAAUCAACUAACAAACAUGGUUUUGUCAGUGAUCAGCAAUGAGUUGUUGAUUGGUAGGCAGACCGGUCAGCAUGGAUUUCACCUCAUUCUGCUGUAACAACACCAGGUAGUCUUUUGUAAGUUUCAUGCUGAUUUACAUUAAAAUGGAUUGAAAACCUUUCAGAACAGUACGUUUGAGAAACCUCAGUGCUCUUUAAUACAUGUACAUGGCUUUCAGUGUGACAGUUCUGUGACUAUGUUCCUUAAAUGUUGUUUAAAAGUUGUAUGUUUUUUAAUUAUGUUCAAAUUUCAUUUGGUCACCCGAACAAAAUGAUAGUUUAUAUAAAUAGUCAUUACUAAAUGUGCUAAAAACUACUCAUUUUAUAACUUAAAUUUAAAAAUUUUCUUGGCGUAGUAUAAAUUGUACAAAUAUGUACAUCAGAAUUCCUGUGUUGUGUCUGUAGUCACUUGAUGCUAUGUGAACCACAUAUAAAACUCUUCUGUUUUCAGACGUCAGUAACCAGAAUUCUGUUGCAGGCACCUCAGCAUACAACAGAACAGAAGAUCAUGCCACAGCACAAUCUUUGGUGCCUCUGAAUCAUCAGAAAUAUUAAAUUAUGGCAAAAAUUCUUUUGUUUUUAUUACUUGUUUUAUUUCUUUGGAAACUAAAUAUUCAUGGGUUUAUUGGAUAAAUUUCUCUGGUAAUGUGUUUCACAAACCCUUUUGAACACUUUCUUCCUCCAUUUGUGUUUUGGUGGUUGUAGAUUUCAGGAGAAUGCUUAUGCUAACAAAAAGCAAGCCAUGCAAGAUUGUGAAGAUGCUGUGAGACGAAUGCUAAUGCAAGACACCAAGAAACGUGUGUGUUUAUAAUUUACAACAAAAGCCCUUCCUUUUGUGUGUUUAUAAUUUACAACAAAAGCCCUUCCUUUUGAUUCUUUUUUCCACUUAGAACACCAAGAAGCGUGUGUUUUUAUAAUUUACAAUAAAAGGCCCUUCCUUUUGAUUCUUUUUU